AUGCCGUUCCUGUCUCUCAGCAACCCGAGAAGCAAGGCCUCCCUCAUCGCCGUACUCCUCCUCCUAGAGUUCAUGGCCAUCCUCUGGUUCCGAGAGUUCGGUCCAAAGGAUGGAGCCGAUAGGGCUCCACUCUUCAACCCUAGGUCACAACCACCACAAUCACAUCAAGAACUACAGCAGGAGAGAGAGGAGGUGUUACAUCUGCAGGUCAAGAAAUAUCAUGUGUCGAUGAAGAAGGAGAAAGGACGAGAUGUGGAACAUGCGGUUGUGAUGUCUGGGAGAGAUGCUGGAGGACAAUUGCAGGGCGAAAAGAAGACGAGAGACGCCGGUGCCAACAGCAGUAAGGAUCAAGGAUCGAGAGGACAUCAGCAGAAGGUGGGGCAGGAUCAAAAGGGUCGUCAUCCUCACCGAGCCCCAAAGCCGACCACAGUCAACAAUCAGUCGACAUCAAAGCGAGCAACCGAGAGAAUCAAAUCCAAAGUCUCAUCCCUCGCUGCAGCAGCCGCAGCCUCAAUACCCAAAGCCCGCAAAGUCAUCAAAUCCACCACCCACAACAAAUCCACCACCCACAACAAAUCCACCAAACCUCGCAAACCAGCAAACAAAGCAAAGCACCCGAACGCGGUCAAGAACCAACGAGGAGGAUUCAAGUCGACUCAGGAGCGGAAAGAGGCGCAAUUGAUUCCGGUGUUGGAUGAGCAUGGGGCAACGAUAGAUGAUCACUUUAUUUCGCCCAGGGAUUCAGACGGGGAUGGGGUUCCGGAUUACUUUGUCUUGCUUCGGCCGUCGAGUGAUAAUGGGAAGGAUAUGAUGGAUUUGGGGCUCUUUGACGAAGUGGUUGUUGCUCCUGCUCCUGCCAUCGCCGCUGUCGCACUACCACAUGUAGUACCUGCCACUGUCCCGUCUUCAAUUGCACCACCACAAGCACCUGCGGCAGCACCAGGACCCGCUGUAAUUCCACCUGCAGUCAAAGUAGAAGCAGCAGCAGACGAAUCCAUCUGCAGCCGCACCAAAUAG